AGAGAUUACAGUGUCAGAGUCAGACCUCGCACGAAAGCGGCAGAUAUCGUCCGUUUUAACCUUUUCAUUUUCACCCUUAAAACCUUAAAUUCACCCGUAAUGAUCUUUAUUAAACGAGGAGAGCACAAGCUAGCUCAUUUCCCGUUAAAGAAAGAGAGGAUUUGAAAACAAACAUUUAGCUUUUGUCUGCUUUUUGUCGUGUCUGCCUUCUUCCUGCUUCUCUUUGUCUGGCGAAGAUCACAUAUUUAAAGACUAAACGAGAGUGUAUCGAGAAAAGCGAAACAGUGACAGAUUAAAAAAAGGGUCGAUCGUCUUCCUCAACCGUCUUCACGUCUUGUUGUGUCCAACUGGACCGGGAGCGAGAGUCUAAUGCCCCCGGAGGAUGAGCCCGGCCAUCGAGGGAAUGCAGACAGAGCAGCAGGGGUAUUUGGGCAAAGGGGUGCUGCUUGAUCCCUUCGUACAUCAGGUGGGGGGACACUCGUGUGUGCUCCGUUUCGGGGAGCAGACGAUAUGCAAGCCCCUAAUCCCCCGAGAGCACCAGUUUUACAAGAGCCUCCCUGCGGCUAUGCGGAAGUUUACACCGCAAUAUAGAGGCGAGGUGUCUGUGAGUUUCGAGGAAGAUGAGGAAGGGAAUUUGUGUCUUAUUGCCUACCCGCUGCACAGUGAGCUCGGGGAUCUGGAGAACGUGGACCCCUCGGCUGACCUGGAGCCCAAAAAUAAGAUGAAAUGGGUCAGUAAGAUGCUGCUGGACAACGAGGGCCACAGCAAAGACAGAUCCAGAAUUUCUAGAAAAGAGAAAGACAAAAGUGUGAAACGCGAGGAGGAGUUAGAACGGCUCAAGCAGGCUGAAGUCUUCUACUACAGCCUGGAGAGAAGCAACGCUUCUGGCCCUCAGCUCAAGCACAACCCAUGGAGCCUCAAGUGCCACCAACAACACCUGCAGCGGAUGAAGGAGAAUGCGAAACAUCGCAACCAAUACAAAUUCAUCCUGUUGGAGAACCUCACGUGGCGUUACACGGUUCCAUGCGUGCUUGAUCUGAAGAUGGGCACCAGGCAGCACGGUGAUGACGCAUCCGAGGAGAAGAAGGCCCUACAUAUCCGCAAGUGUCAGCAGAGUACAUCAGCCAGUAUAGGAGUGCGACUCUGUGGCAUGCAGGUCUACCAUUCAGACACGGGGCAGCUUAUGUUCAUGAACAAGUACCACGGCCGUAAACUGACCCUGUCUGGCUUUAAAGAGGCCAUCUAUCAGUUCUUCCACGAUGGGAGGCAUCUGAGGCAGGAACUCCUGUCACCCGUCCUGCGCCGACUGCAAGAAAUGCAGGCGGCUCUGGAAGCCUGCGAAAGCUACCGCUUUUUCUCCAGCUCGCUCCUGAUCAUCUAUGACGGAGACCCCCCGAGGUCCCGCCACUCUCCGGAGGAUGGGCUCUCGGAAGAGGAAGAAGAGGAGGAAGAGGGCGGUGCUUACGGUUUCCCUCAUGGCGCAGGUGCAGCUAGUAGCAGUUCCGCAGUGGUGCGACGCAUGGCCAGGGCAGACAGCGGGCCGGUGGUGGACGUGCGCAUGAUUGACUUUGCCCAUACCACGUGUCGCCAUUACGGGGAGGACAGCGUUAUUCACGAGGGCCAGGAUAGUGGUUACAUAUUCGGCUUGGAGAACCUCAUAACCAUCAUUUCCGAACUAGAAGAUCACAGCACAGACUAAGCCACCGCUCAGCCCACUCCGUCCGAACUAUAGAGCAGCAUGACAUUAAAAAUGGGAAAUGCAGUUCGUCUCAUUGCUUAUUUCUUUCUUGCCUGAAAAGUUCAGAAGUCAGUAAAAUCUCAAAGCUCCACUUGUUCACUUGUUUUUUUAUGUCUUUGUUAGGUUUUUUUCCAAGUUCACAGCGAAUUCGAAAGGCUAGCAUUCAGAGGUCACGUGAUCUGCUUUCACCCUGUGAUUCAGUAGCUUCACUCACAACCCCACUGUGCUGUUACAAAUGUUUUUUUUUUUUUUAAUUAAAAAAGUUCAAACGCAUUGCAGACGACGUUACCUAAAAACUGUUUCCGAUUCCAUGCUCAUUGUGUGAGAAAGUUCUGGAACUAUUCGCCUGCUCUUGAGCGAUCCUUAUUGGAUGAAGAAGAAUAGUGGGCGCGGAAAGGGAAGACUGUUAACUGUCGCUCUACAACAAAGUUCCUUGCACCCAUUAUGAAGAGACGACUAUAUAGUUAGUUGACAGAAAGAGUCUAUAAUAAAGCUUUAUUUAUUUGUCAUAUUUCCUAAAUAAACUAAAAAAGCAAUGAAAAAGCGAAUGGAGACAUGACUACAUUCCAUGUUAUUAAUGUUACAAUAAUGAUAUUAAUGAAUAUUAUUAUUUGACAUGUUCCGAUACCUCUGUCUUAUCUGUUGUACAUGGUAUGUUGGAGGAAAAUAAAACUUUUGUUUGUGUUCGGUU